AUGUCGCAGGAGUCAACUUCACAGGCAAAGAACCAGCGGGAGGAGUUCGUGGAGACCAUUGACCCCGAGCUGUCACAAGCUGUGCCUCCUCAAAAUAAUGGCACAGGAAGUCAGCCCAAAGGAGAUCAUGCUUUGCAACUUAUUGAAGAGGCAGGGCACUCAACCAUCCUAACCCCUGAGAACAACGCCAAAGUUCUUCGAAAGAUCGAUUUGCGUGUGCUUCCCAUUCUCCUUGGAAUCUACUUCCUUCAGCAACUCGAUAAGUCAACCAUCUCGUACGCCUCGGUGUUCGGAAUCGUUGAGAAAGCCCAUCUCCAUGGCCAGCAAUACUCUUGGCUGGGGGGUUCAAUCUAUCUGGCGCAGCUGGUGUUCCAACCCCUGGUUGCCUAUGUUCUGGUUAAAGUGCCCCUAGGAAAGUUUCUGGCCGUGUCCUGCCUGCUAUGGGGCAUUGCUUUAACAUGCAUGACUGCAGCUACAACUUUUGGAGAGCUGCUUGCUUGCCGAAUCUUCCUUGGUAUCUUUGAAGCUGGAAUUGCACCCGCGUUUAUUGCAGUCACUCAAAUGUGGUACCGGCGUCGUGAGCAGCCUGUGAGGUUGAGUUCGUGGUAUGCGAUGAACGGAAUCGUGAAUAUGUUUGGAAGCUUGAUUGCCUUUGGACUAGGUCACAUCAAUUCCUCUAUAUUUGCGCCUUACCAGAUCAUCUUCCUCUUUUUCGGCCUAGUUACGGUUGGGUUCUCUGCUGUUGUCCUUGUUUUCAUGCCCGAUUCCCCCGUGUCCGCCAAGUUCCUCGGAGAGGAGGACAAACUUCUAUCUAUUGAAAGACAACGAAUGAAUCAACAGGGUGUUGAGAGCCAAGAGUGGAAAUGGGACCACGCAAAAGAAGCAAUCCUCGAUCCCAAGUCAUGGUUCUGGUUUGCGUUAAUGUUCUCUAUUUCUGUUCCAAGUGGCGGCAUCACUACUUUCGGGCCCUUGAUUAUCAAAUCCUUUGGCCUCAGCCAAUAUGAUACUAUGCUUUUCAACAUUCCCUUCGGUGCAGUGCAGCUUGUCGCCACAAUGGGAGGAGCUUGGCUAGCAACCAUUUGGAAAAUGAAGAGUCCAGUCUUGGCAUUGCUCUGUCUCCCACCCAUCGCGGGUUGUGUGAUGCUAUUACAGAUUACGCACGACAAUGCCCACAAAGGGCCUUUACUUGCAGGAUACUAUAUUAUCUCUGUGUACCCAGCCAUCACACCUUUAAUAUACUCUUGGUCUGCAGGAAACACAGCAGGAGAAACAAAAAAAAAGGUUACAACCGCUAUCCUGUAUGUCGGGCAGUGCGCUGGUAAUGUCCUUGGACCGAACCUAUAUACCACAAAUGAAGCACCGCUUUAUCGUCGUGGUCUGCUUUCUAAUCUCGCGAUGUUUUGUGUCUUGAUAGGUCUCACCGGGGCAAAUACCACAUAUCUGUACUUCCUGAACAAGCAGCAUGAGAAGAGACGUGUGUCUCUCGGCAAGGACGCUAAGAUUGUAGACCAGUCGAUGCAAGCCAUUCAAGCUGUCUCCGACGAUGCCAAGGAGGAUUUGCCUCAACAAGCAGCAAAUGACAAUGCCUGGAAAGAUCUCACUGACUUGCAAAAUGAGGACUUUGUCUAUGUCUUCUAA